CGUUGAAUAUCUGUCAGAUCUCUUAAUCUAAUUGUUAGGUAUCAAUCCAUACGCUCAAAAAAAAAAAAAAAAGCAGCCUCGCAGCUUCAUUUUCUUCUCUGAUUGAUAAAAUCGAGGGAAUUGAUUGAGCUACCAAAAGAACAGAAAAGGAGCAAAAAAGGUCUGCUUCUUCUUGACUUCUUCUCUGAUACACAGAGACAGGGAGAGAUGGCGGCUGACGUGGGCUGCUGUAGGACUGAGUUCUUUUUGUAUCUGCUCAGUAUAGUGGGGCUAGUUACAUUUGCUGGCCUCAUGGCUGGCUUAACGCUGGGUCUGAUGUCUUUAGGCCUCGUCGACCUUGAAGUCCUCAAGAAGUCUGGUCGUCCUCAGGAUCGCAUCCAUGCUGCUAAAAUAUUGCCAGUGGUGAAGAAUCAGCAUCUUCUGCUAUGUACUCUUUUGAUUGGCAACUCUUUAGCUAUGGAGGCUCUUCCCGUAUUCUUGGACAAGAUUGUGCCUCCUUGGGCUGCAAUUCUGAUAUCAGUGACUCUCAUACUAAUGUUUGGUGAGAUAUUGCCGCAAGCAGUCUGUACUCGUUAUGGCUUGAAAGUUGGAGCAAUAAUGGCACCAUUUGUUCGUGUUCUUGUUAUGUUGUUCUACCCCAUUUCUUAUCCAAUUAGCAAGGUUCUGGAUUGGAUGUUGGGCAAGGGUCAUGCUGUCCUUUUACGGAGAGCUGAGCUCAAAACUUUUGUUAAUUUCCAUGGCAAUGAGGCAGGGAAAGGUGGGGAUUUGACACAUGAUGAGACUACUAUAAUUACUGGGGCACUUGAAUUGACUGAAAAAACAGCAAAAGAUGCCAUGACUCCCAUAUCGAAGGCAUUUUCCCUCGAUCUGGAUGCAACACUUAAUUUGGACACAUUGAAUGCAAUAAUGACAAUGGGUCACAGUAGAGUCCCAGUUUAUUCAGGAGAUCCAAAAAAUAUAAUUGGACUUAUUCUGGUUAAAAAUCUUUUAUCGGUUGAUCCAGAAGGUGCAGUUCCUCUAAGAAAAAUGAUCAUUAGGAAGAUUCCUCGGGUUUCUGAAGACAUGCCUCUAUAUGACAUUCUAAAUGAAUUUCAGAAGGGUCACAGCCACCUUGCUGUUGUAUAUAAAGAUUUAGCUUUGAAAACAGACACACCAAUGAAAGGCAAAGAUGGUCAACAGCUCGAAUUUAAGGACAGCUGCAGGAAACAGAGAGGCACAGAGACAUCAUUUAAGAAAGAUGAUAGUUCGGUUGGGCUCACUGAUGCCGUCCAGAAUACGAAGGCUGGUUUGGAGUCUCAUGAUACUCGGAUUGCUAACAGGAAGAAUGAUGAAGGUCAACGGAGACAAAAGAGUCCACCACCUACUCCUGCCUUUAAGAAGCGUCACAGAGGUUGUUCAUAUUGCAUUCUGGAUGUCGAGAAUUCUCCCAUUCCACGAUUCCUAUCUGAUGAGGAAGUUGUUGGUGUAAUUACCAUGGAGGAUGUAAUUGAAGAACUUCUUCAGGAGGAAAUAUUGGAUGAAACUGACGAGUAUGUGAAUAUUCACAACCGAAUAAAGAUCAACAUGCAUGCAUCGCAAGAGAAGGCUUCUAACUCAACGUCGCAGCCUUCUGUCUAUGACACCUCUGUUGCAGGCACUGCCACACCAACAUCUACUAUAUCCACAGGUCCAACACCAACUCUUUCCGUCUCAACUGGCACUUCGUUGGCUGGCUCACCACCUAUUACAAAUCAAGUUUCUGAAGGAGACCUGUCAAAAAAUCAAUGAUAUAUUUAGUCAUCAUUGAACAUUCAACAUAGAUUAAGUUACAAGGACAUAGGUAGGGAUUGAAUCACGUGGCUCACCUAGGAAAGCAUGUUGAUCUAUUGUAUACAUAUGUAUGCUGCCAUUUAGUUGUCGGAAGAAUUCAUGUAAACAAUGUGGUUUGAGGCCUAUUAAAGUGUGUGAGUGAAGCAUAUAACGCUCAUUUGUUGUAGAACAAUUCAUUCAAACAAGAAUUGAGAAGGGUAGCAACUGGCAUACAGAUACAAAUAAAUUCUCUGGCUUGGAAACCCUUCCCACCA